AUGGAGAAAGCACCAUAUGAGGUGUAUGGAAGUAAAAUACACAAAAUUAAACCCGGAGUUUCCUGUCUCAGAAACUUGCUUAAAGUAAGAGUCACUUUAACUCCUACUGGGCAAGCUCAGCUGCUGUUUUGGGCACAAAGUAGCAAUUCAUGGGUAGUUGUAUGGCAGGCCCCAGUAGUUGAAUGUGAUUUUUAUGGGUAUUGUGGUCCAUUUAGUAGCUGUGAGCAAAAUGGAUCACAUCCAUUUUGCAGUUGUUUGGAGGGUUUUGAGCCCAGAGAUCAGAAAGAAUGGAAUCUUGGAAAUUGGACAGGAGGCUGUGCCAGGAAGAUGGAAUUGACAUGUGAUAAGGGAGAUUGUGUCUCUGGGAAAUGUCGUGACAACUGCUCUUGCACAGCUUAUGCUUAUGCUAAUCUAACUAUAGAAACUACUGUGCACUGUAUGAAUUGGUUUGGGGCUUUGGUGGAUCUAAAUCAUAAUGCCUUCAUUGGUAAAGAUCUUUAUGAUCGCCUUCAUAGCUCUGACCAAGUUAGUAAUGCUAAGACUGGUAACUUGACCCCUAAAAGAAGAAUUCCGAUUGCAAUUGCAGCAGCUACUAUCUCUACAGGAUUGCUAUUUAUUAGUAUCAUCGGCUGUCUUAAGGAGGGAAAGGUUGAGAAAUCCAGGGAUAUCACUGUCCCAAUUAAGGUUAACCUAGACAGGAACAAGAGUGCAGCACUAAUUGCUGAUGCUAUUAAGAGCAUAAUGGAGUGCCGAGAGGUUGGAGAUGGCUCAUUGGGUUUCUAG